GCUGCUGGGAGGAGAGGAGGACAGAGCAACAGGAGCACCGCAGGAGCAGCUAGGAGAUCACCUGUUCUACAGCUUUCCUCUUCACCUCACCUUUAUUCCCAGUUUAUUUGAGCUUCUUCCUUUUUUAGUGGUUUAAUUUUUACACUUCGCCUUUAGAAUGACGGACACACUUUUACCGAACGGCAUUGAAGACAGCGGAGGAGAUGCGAAAUAUUUCAAAAGGGGCUGCAACCCCCUUGCACAGACCGGACGCAGCAAACUGCAGAACACGCGAGCCGGUCUGAACCAGCAGAUCAUCAAACAGAUGAGGAUGAGGGCCGGAGCUGAGAAUCUGCUGAAGGCUACAAACAACAACAAGGUUAAGGAGAUGGUUCUUCUGGAGCUGAGCUACGUUAACUCCAACCUGCAGCUACUGAUGGGCCAACUGGAAGGACUCAACAGCUCAGUGGAUGUCUACCAGAGCUCCCAAGAAACUGCUCACAUUCCCCUCAUCGCUUUGGGUCUGAAGGAGACUAAAGAAGUCGACUUCUCUGCUCCAUUCAAGGACUACAUCCUGGAGCACUACAAUGAAGACGGGCGAAGUUUCGAGGAGGAGAUUGCAGAUCUGAUGGACCUGCGGCAGGCCUGCAGAACGCCAAGCAGGAAUGACGCUGGGGUGGAGCUGCUCGCAAAAUACUACGGUCAUCUUCCCCUAAUAGAGAACAGAUUCUUCUCCCCGACCCGCCAGACCGGCAUCUUCUUCACCUGGUACGACUCCUUCACAGGCGUUCCCGUAUGCCAACAGAACCUGUCUUUAGAGAAAGCCAGCGUGGUCUUCAACAUUGCAGCGCUGUACUCCCAGAUCGGGACGCGCAGUAACCGGCAGAAAGCAGCGGGCUUGGAGGAGGCCAUCUCCGCUUUCCAAAAAGCUGCAGGCAUGCUGAACCACCUUAAGGAAACCUUCACCCACACGCCCAGCUACGACAUGAGCCCAGCAAUGGUGAGCAUGCUGAUUCGCCUGAUGCUUGCUCAAGCGCAGGAGUGCAUCUUUGAGAAGAUCGCACUUCCGGGGAUCAUGAACCAGUUCAACUCCCUGAUUAAAAUGGCUCAGGAGGCUGCAAAGGUCUCAGAAAUCUACGAUCAGGUCCAUCAGUCUAUGAUCCAGAUGCCGAUCAAAGACAACGUGCCGUUCUUCUGGUCAACCAUGUCCCUGGUCAAAACCAACCACUACCGUGCCAUUGCACAUCACUUCAUGGCCUCAGCACUGCUGGAUCAUGAGCUGGGCCCCAACGAUGACGAGGAUCAGCAGGAGAAGACCUUAUCUCAGGUGUACGAUCAGCUCCCCGAGGGAUGCUCCCCACUCGACAUCCUGAAGGACAAAGAUGAACGUGAACGUAUCGGUAAAGCUCAUAUGCGUCGUGCCAUCGCCAGUCACGAAGAGGCUCUAAGGAAUCACGGUCUGUGCCAGCAACAGGACAAACACGACGUCCUGCAGGAAAUUUUAAAAGCCAGCCACCAGCGCUCUCUCAACAAGUACACGGACUUUGAAAGCGAGGAAGAGUUUGCGGACUACAUCGAAGCUCCAGACAUCAUCUCUAAAACGGAGCAUAAAGCAGAAAUGGAGCUUCCCGCUUCUACAAAGGUGAAAGUCAUCGACUUUUUCCAAAGGCUGGGCCCUUUGUCAGUCUUCUCAGCCAAGCAGAAGUGGACUCCCCCGAGGAAGAUCCUUGUGUGUGCAGAGGACAGAGAUCUGGGUUUCACUCUGAAAGGAGAAGCACCGGUUCAGGUGGUGUCGUUGGACCCUCUCAGCAAAGCGGCUGCCGAUGGACUGAAGGAGGGCGACUACAUCGUAGCGGUGGGCGACAGAGACACCAAAUGGAUGGGUGUGAGUGACAUGAUGCGACUUCUGAAAGACGUGGACGAAGAGGGGAUUGAAAUCCAGGUGGUCAGCAUGAUCGACAACAGCCCCACUAUGCCAACCAAGAGCGCCACCUUCAGUGGAAACCUGCCCAAGACCUACUCCAUGAUCUGCCUGGCGUAUAACGACGAUGACAAGGCUUCCAAAUCCCGCAAGGUGGCCAAGAAGUCCUCAUUCCUCAGCUGGGGUCUGAAGAACAAGACGAAGAGCGCCAGCACCUUGAGCCUGCCUACAUCCGACCAGACGGGCACUCUGCCCUGGAACAAACCCAUCCCCACCUUCCCCAGCUCCAGCUCCUACAACGACACCUCCUUCCACUGAGCUCGGCCUUCAGCGACACGCAGCGCUGCGCUGGUCACCUACUGGUUGUGUUUUGAUACAGCGCUGUUGCUUUUGGUUUUUUGCACCAGCAUCCCCACGCAUUAAAAACAACUGUGCCAAAAUACAUCAAACUAAUAAUGGAUCAUUAUGCAUAACACCAGAAUGUUUGCAGCACAGUACGACUAUGAACGGUUGCUACUAUAAAAAGUUUGAGCGCAGCAAUGCCUGUCGCUUUGCAAGGCGGUGGUUUUAUUGUGGACGAAGAGAUCCGCAUCAUCACUGCAGACAUGAAGGACCUCGUUACAAAAAUAUUAAACAAAAUGAUCACAGAGGGAAAACAAAAAGUGCUGUGAAGCUUCUCUGAUGUCGAGGAAGAUUUUUUUUUUAGAAUGCAAUACCCAAUAAGCUGCUAAAUCACACCUUGGUUUGUGUUACUGUCCUUUUGUAUUUGAGAGACAGCCUCUGAAGUUGGUGUUGGAGCUCCGUGCCAUGUCAGGAACACGGUGUAAAUAGAAAUACACGUUUUGUUUUGUUUUGUUUCCUGUUUUACUGGACGCCUCCAUUGUUCCAGGAGGAGUCAUUUUCGGGUGGGUUUGACGUUACCCACCUGGGCUCUGCGUCUUUAUCAAUGUGAAUCUGUCUGUUUUAAGAGAAGGGAAGAAUGCGGUACCACUGAUGUUCACGAUGCACACACAGCCGGCCGAGGCUGGCCCAGAUCAAAGCUUUUCCCCCGUCUUUCCACACAUGCCUUAAUGUUAGCUAGAACUCACGUUUUACUGACACUCUGCAGUGUCGGACUAUCUCUUUAUCUACAAAGUAGAUUCUUAUAUUCAUUUGAUAAUCAAAUUAUUUAUGUUGUUAAAAAAAGCACAAAAAGAUAUAUUUACCUUUUUAAGUUUAGUUCUAAAUUGUCGUUGGUGGAUCUCUGUCUCUUUGAGGAAUGUAUUUUAUUAGCUUUGGUAAAUUUGUGUUUCUACCUUUCUCUGUAAAAAAUGUAAAUGUUUUUAAACUGAUAUGUAAUAUUCGGUACUGUCUCUGUUUACCUAACACUGUUUUUAAGUGCCUGUUAUACUAAACAUGAAGUAAAAUGUCACGUUAUUGCAGAGGACUGUGCAGCAACUGCUCCAUGUUUUAGAGGGAUAUAUUAGCUUUUCGCUAACACCGCAGUGCCUGGUGAUGCAUAGUGCCUUUCUGUGAACGCAGACGUCUCCUCGUCCUGUAAUGCUUUCUGCUCUGCUUGCUCCAUGUUCUGCACUUUGUGCUGCAUAGUUUCUCAUUGUGAAGUCUUUGUCAUGUGUAAGCUCAAAUAAAAUAGAACAAACAAAGGGGCCGAGAUGAAUUUUCUGAAGUAUUUGUCGAGGCUUUUUGUAUCCGGAGUCAACAAUGCGGAGCAGGUGGGAAAUGUCUGGAAUGAAGUCGGACCGACGCAGCCACCCACGCAGCGGUUUGCAGGUCAGGCUGGUACCGCAUGACAUCCUAAUCCAUCAUCACACAGACUGAAACUAACCGGACUGCAGUUUACUCAUCUGAACUUUUUAUGGUCUUAAUGAUUCAUUUCCUCAUUCAUUUUCUCUUUUUAUUGUCUGAUUAAAAUGAUCUAAUAUUGAAUUAAAUACAAAUAAUUAAAAAAAAUCU